AUGGCGACAUUGACAUUGCCAACAAUUUUAUCUGAGAUGGAAGACCUUUUGCCAGAUUUCCUGGAAAAUCUUCUAGCAUUACGGCAUACACAGAUAGAACUGGUUGCAAAGAUUCGAAAAUUUUCUCAAAAAAGACUCUCUACUCCAUCUCCACCCUCAUCACCAUUGCACGAAACUACAGUCUCUCCUUUGAAAAAACAAAAACUAAAGAAAGAUCCUUUUCGUAUCUUAGACAACUUAUACUAA